GCCGGCGUGGCGGGCGCUCCCUCUCCCCCAGGGGGCGCCCCGGCCGGGCCCCGAGCGGGCGGAAGCAGAGGGGGCGCCACGCGGCGGGAGACGAGGCCAUGGGCGCGCGCGUCGGGGCGCUGCUGCUGGUGCAGCUGCUGGUGCGAGCGGAGCUCGGGAGGCAGGAGUUUCAGGAUCAGGACCAGCUGUUUGCAGGUUUCGAGAACUCGUCGUUGCUCACGUGGCCCUGUGGCCGCCACAAAAUCGAGCCGCGCGUGGUGGGCGGAAAGGACUCGGAGCUGGGGCGCUGGCCGUGGCAGGUCAGCCUGCGCAGGGGUAAACGCCACCGCUGCGGAGCGAGCCUGCUGAACCGCCGCUGGGUGCUCACGGCCGCGCACUGCUUCCUAAAGCACAGUGAUCCCUCGAAAUGGACGGUUCAAAUUGGUGAGCUGUCUUCUAGGCCAAGUUCCUGGAAACUGUGGACCUUCUACCAUCGUUACAGGGUGAAGGAUAUUAUUAUAUAUCCCCAGUUUAGUGGGACUUCACUCAAGGACAUCGCCCUGCUGAAGCUGUCCUCCUCUGUCACCUACAAUAAGUACAUCCAGCCCAUCUGUGUUCUGACCUCCUCUUCUGAGUUCCAGAACUGGACUGACUGCUGGGUGACCGGCUGGGGGGACAUCCAAGAAGAUCAGGCUCUGCCACCUCCUUACAUUCUCCACGAAGUGCCGGUCUCCAUCAUAAACAACUCCUGGUGUGACUACCUGUUACACCAGCCCAGCUUCCUCAGUAACGACCUGAAUGACAUGAUUUGUGCUGGCUCCGAGGAUGGCAGCCGGGACGCCUGCAAAGGUGACUCAGGUGGACCCCUGGCCUGUGAAAAGAAAGGGCUGUGGAUUCAGGUUGGAAUCGUGAGCUGGGGAUCAGGCUGCGGGAGGCCCAACCGGCCUGGUGUCUACACCAACGUCAGUGUAUAUUUCAACUGGAUCCGGAUGCUGUUGGCCCGCAGCCCCGUUCCCAGGCCAGCCCCCUGCCGGCCCCUGCUCCUCCUCCCUCUGCUCUGGCCUGCCUCCCUCCUGCAGCUGGCCUGAGCCCUGCAGAGCCCGGGAGAGUGGGGCCGUCUGCUAAGCCAGGCCCCGCUCCCUGGCUCCUUUGCUAAUAAACACGUUUGCAUGUUGGAGUCUGUGCCUUGCGGAGCCUUCUGCGGCCCCGGGGGGCUCCCUGGACACCCGGUCACCCCAGCAGCACUCCCUAACUCCUAAAUCUUGCUCCAGCGGUCCGCACUAUUCAGGUUUGGGGGGCAAGCCACAGGACCCCCUCCGGUUAGUUGAGUCAGAAAGAUAAUUUAUGGGAGGACAUUAGAGCCGGCCAGCUCCGCCCUCGAGUUUGCCCACAGAGGUGGCAGUGUGUCCCCAGAGUCCCCUGUCACUCUCCCACCAGGCUCUCCAGCUGCCCCAAGGGGAACACCUGCGGCCCCACUGCCACCAAGGCCUCCGGGGGCAGCUGAACCCCAGGUCAUAAAAGGUCAGGAGUCUUGGGAGGACAGGAGGGAGCUUCUUUAUUCUCCUUGCGCUUUCAUCGCGUUUGAGUGAGCCAGGCUACCUGGCGGGGCCUGGGCUGACCCAGCUCUUCUUCACAACAGCCUCUUACAGAAGAUCAGCCCGCCCGCAGGGCCUGGGGGCUGCAGGGAGAGCGGGUCACAGCCUGGUACCAGACACCUCGGGCUUGAGCAGGGGCCGCAGGGGUCAGUCCUGGGGCUGCCCUCCCUCCAUGCCCAUGAGAGGUGGGUGCCAAGUUCCCUCUCCCGUAGCCCUUGCCCUCACCCCCAGCCUGCUGCCCUGCUCACCCCAUUCACUCGCUCACCGUGCAUGCUCUACGCUGGGCACUGCUCUGGCCCUCAAGGCCCAUUAUGGGCUGGAUGUCCGUGUCCCCGCCAAAACCCAUGUUUGGAAGCCCACCCUCCAGCAUGACUAUAUGUAGAGCUCGGCCCUUUAUGGAAGGGGCCAGGGUUAGGAUGCGUCCUGAGAGUGAGGCUCUGAUCCCCUAGGCCCCUAUAAGAAGAGAUGUCAGAGAGCUCUCUCUGCGUCCCAACACCUCUCCCCCCGCCCCGGAGGCAGGGAAGAGGCCGCAACCGCCUUCGUGCCAGGAACAGAGGUCUCAGAAUGGGACCCACCAUGCCAGCACCUUGUUCCUGGACUCGGCAGCCUCCAGAACUGUGAGAAAUGUUUGUUUCAGUGGCUCAGUCUGGCAUUCUGUUCUGGCAGCCAGGGCCAAGAUAGACACUCAGACCCCACCUCACAGAGAGGAGUCGAGCAGCCGUGAGUCCGGCCUCCUCCAUCACAUGUCACCGCACACAGUGACAUGCCCGGGACGGCGUUAUGGCCGGGCAGGAAGGCGCUCCAGGAGGCCGGGGCGGAGCAGAGUUGACCAGGCAGAAAGGAGCUCCAGAGCCUUCUGGGUGGUGGACACAGUCCGGGCCCACCCCUCUGCAGACCCUUGUUCCCAGCAUCUACCAGCUUCACCAAGGCUAGCAGCCUCGUUGUCCUGGCCACACCGAAUUCAAGA